CUCUCUCUGUCUCACUCUAUACCUUUCCCGCGUGUUUUUCACUCCCUCCCUUUGCAAGCCAUUCUUCCUCCACUAUUGAGCCCCCUCUCUCUCUCUCUAAAAACCCUUCUUCCUUCUCUGCAAAUUCCUCUCUGCAGCUGCUCCAUUUCUCGCCUGGCAACCGAUGCCCACACCAGAGAUGGAAUACGUUUUGGAGGCAGCCUCAGGUGCGCAUUUCUCGGGCCUGCGAUAUGUGCUCCUUCAAUCCUCCGAGAGUGAGGAGAACAAGCCCAAGCAGCCAUUUGUUAUUGGAGUUUCUGGGGGCACGGCUUCAGGGAAGACUACUGUUUGUGAUAUGAUCAUCCAACAACUUCAUGAUCACCGUGUGGUUCUUGUCAAUCAAGAUUCAUUUUACCGUGGUUUGACUGCUGAAGAAUUGGAACAUGUACAAGAGUAUAACUUUGAUCAUCCAGAUGCUUUUGACACUGAACAACUUUUAGAAUGUGUGGGCAAGCUAAAAUGUGGGCAUUCUGUUCAAGUUCCUAUCUAUGAUUUUAAACGGCAUCAGCGGUCCUCAGAUGCUUUUCGACAGGUCAAUGCAUCUGAUGUCAUUAUUCUGGAGGGAAUUUUAGUGUUCCACGAUCAGCGAGUUCGUAACUUGAUGAACAUGAAAAUUUUUGUGGACACAGAUGCUGAUAUCAGGCUUGCUAGAAGGAUACGGCGUGACACUGUAGAGAGGGGUAGAGAUAUAAAUUCUGUUCUUGAACAGUAUGCUAAGUUUGUCAAGCCAGCUUUUGAUGAUUUUGUCCUUCCAUCCAAGAAAUAUGCUGAUGUAAUUAUACCUCGUGGUGGAGAUAAUCAUGUAGCAAUCGAUUUAAUUGUGCAACAUAUUCGCACAAAACUUGGUCAGCAUGAUCUCUGCAAAAUCUAUCCAAAUGUUGUCAAUUUGCACAUAACAACUGCUGAUGAACAGAUACGCGGGAUGCAUACCUUAAUUCGAGACUGUGAAAUUUCAAAGCAUGACUUUGUCUUCUAUUCAGAUCGACUUAUUAGGCUGGUUGUGGAGCAUGGCCUUGGACAUUUGCCAUUCACUGAGAAGCAGGUGAUCACACCUACAGGCUCGGUCUAUACAGGAGUUGACUUUUGCAAGAAACUGUGUGGGGUAUCCAUUAUUCGAAGUGGGGAAAGCAUGGAGAAUGCAUUGCGUGCAUGCUGUAAAGGAAUUAAGAUAGGUAAAAUUCUGAUUCAUCGUGAUGGAGACAAUGGCAAGCAGCUUAUAUAUGAAAAGCUGCCGAAAGAUAUUUCUGAGCGGCAUGUCCUGCUUCUUGAUCCUGUGCUCGCUACAGGUAACUCGGCUGGGCAGGCAAUAGAACUUCUCAUACAGAAAGGAGUUCCCGAAUCUCAUAUAAUCUUUCUCAAUCUUAUCUCUGCCCCUGAGGGUAUCCAUACCGUUUGCAAGAGAUUUCCAUCCUUAAAGAUUGUUACUUCGGAGAUUGAUGUGGCCUUGAAUGAAGAGUAUCGUGUUAUUCCAGGGAUGGGUGAGUUUGGCGAUCGCUAUUUCGGCACUGAUGAUUGAUUCUUAGGAGACUACAACUUUGCACAAGUUUGGAGGUUUGGUCUUUCUCACUAGUAGAUAUUUGAUUUGAUUGCUGCAUUCCUUUAAUGUGUAAUUGGCUAUAUGCCUAGUUGUCAUGGAAACUGCAGCACGGUGUUUUCUCCUACUGUAAUAUGUGAGAAAAUGUUCGAAGCUACAUAUACACCAGGCAGAUGGUGUUAUAUUUAUUUCUAUAGAAUUUCAUAAUUUCAAGUGGAUUUA